UCUAAUAUUGUAUUUCAGUAUCUAUCAGAUAAAUGUAUCAUGUGGGCUUUGAAUAGUACAAGUGAAAGAGAAUGCAGCCAGAACUGAGCUGUUUGUAUAUAUAAUUUUGGUAUUAGAGGCUGAUUAUUAUUGAGAAAGUUCCCAAAGCUUAGUUUCCGGUGACAAGACAGUCUUUUCAAGAAUACACCGAGGUUUUUGCAAUAGCUGAUUGGGUCCCUCCUUGUCCUUUGUAAUCAAGCUGAUUGAUGAAAGACUCAUCAAAAACCACCCACCACAGUCACUGUCUGACAGACCUACUUGAGUUGGUGGGUCUCCCCAUGUUUACUAAUUUUAAAGUCGUCCGCAUGCCACUGACUUCCUGAUGGAUUGCUCUUCUACGUGACAGACAUCAGGAAAACUCCAAAACCAGACCUCCUUUGUCAAAUGGGAUGAGGGGGUUUAAAGAGUGGGAGGAGGUGAGGGGGGUGAUGCAUCCUGUAGUCUGGGAUCACUAUGUGUGACUGACAUUCUUGAUUCAUCAUUCAACAACCUCAUCGGCAGCACAGGUAUAUAAGCCACAGCACACCUGCACCUACAAUAACGACUUCAGAUCUCUGCCAACUGACCUCAGCCUAUUACCAAAGUUCAGGUGCCUUGAGUGACUUCACAGCAUUAUGCCUGUGAGAGCGGCUGAUGUCCGGCACUGUAUCCUGACAAGCUGCUGGCUGCCUGCAGCUCUGGUGCUGCUCCUCCUCCUCUCAUCCAGCAUCAGCAGCGUUCACAGCACCACAGUGGAGCACGACUUCCACAUUGUUCACAAUGUUGACAACAGAAGUCCAGAGAUAGACCCGUUCUGGUAUGUAGGGCGUGGGGUAAGACCCAUUGGGCGCUUUGGGAAGAGGCACAGCAGUGUGGAGGCUCUGGGCAGCAGGGGGAUGCAGCCUGUUGUCAUGAUUCUGGAGAUGCUCCUCAACAGCCUCAGAAACAAAGAGGACCUCAGGAAAGUGCUGGAUGGGGAAGACAGGGAUUGGUUACUGUGACAGCAUGUCCCCCUCCCUCCAUCUACAAACUCUGAGUGUCUUUAUUUUUUAUCUUUAUGAAGGUUAUUUACUCUUUUGCUCUAGUACUUAACUGUAUUUCUCUCUGGUGUCUGUUCUGAAAUAUUUCG